GAGCUCGAGUCUCAGAGCUGACACAGGGAGCGGGCUGGCGCGCGGGACGGACACCGCUCGUGCUCUCACCGGGUCGCCGCUGACUGCUGGGGAGCUCCGCUGUGUGGAGCUGGUUCCUGGUCCUCAGGUGAAAAAGUCCUCGUGGAAAUAAUGUGGAAACUUCAGUCUGCAAUGCCACUCCUGCUCCUGGGUCAUUUCAUCUUUCCAGAUGAGAUGUUGGUGGGAGCCAUUGAGGAGGCCAGAGAAUGCAGGGAGCAGGAGUACAAAGACCGCUUUGGCAUCUGCAAACCCUGCAGGCAGUGCGAGGCCGGACAGGAGCUCUCUAAGGAAUGCGGCUUCGGCUAUGGAGAAGAUGCCCGGUGCGUGCCCUGCCGGAGCAGUCGCUUCAAAGAGGACCGCAGCCUGCAGAAGUGCAAGCCCUGUCUGGACUGUGCCCUCAUCAACCGCUUCCAGAAGGGCAACUGCUCCACCACCAGCAACGCCGUGUGUGGCGACUGCCUGCCGGGAUACUACAGGAAGACCAAAUUAAGUGGAUUCCAGGACAUGGAGUGCAUACCCUGUGGGGACCCUCCACCUCCUUAUGAGCCCAACUGUAGUGGGCGUGUCAACCUGGUGCCGCUGCCCCCGGUGGUGACCAGCCCCCGGGACAUGGCCUUGGCUGCAGUCAUCUGCAUCGCUCUUGCCACUGUGCUGCUGGCUCUGCUCGUCCUCUGCGUCAUCUACUGCAAGAGGCAGCUGCUGGAGAAGAAGCCCAGUGCAGCCUCUCUGAGGUCUCAGGAUUGUCCGUACGGCGACGCUGAGCUGUCCUGCCUGGAUGCCCGCUGGCUCCAUGACUUUCCCCAGAGACCCUGCUGCAACUGCCACCUGGGCCCGGGACACAGCUGUGGCCCAGUCCAUCUGAUUCCUUCUUUGUGCUGUGAUGAGAGCUGCAGUCUAGACCACAACCGGGACAUCAGUCCCUUCCAGUCCCAGAUGAGCCUCAGGGACGGAAAUCCAAACCUGAAUGAGGAGGGCGCUCUCCUGCAGCUGCAGGGGCAUUCGGAGCAUGCCUGCUGGGAAGCUGCUGGGAUGAAGAAGAGCUCGGCUUCUCUGGAAUAUUCUGGGAUUCCCCAGAACUAUCCUGAACAGAUGGACAGAGAUGAAGAAGAGGAGGAAGUUCAAGAAAGGCCAGGGGCAAGUCCUUGUUCAGACGCUGGGACUGAUGCAUUUCUGGCCCAACAGCUGGUACUAAGCUAAGAAGACCCAUCUGUGAGGAAGACUCUGGUGUUCAGUCUGCUCUUCUCUUGUUGCUGAUGGCUCCAUGUGUGCCUUCCUCUUCCCAGGAUGAACUGAAUAUCUGUGGCCUGCAUUUCCCCAUCUUGAACCUACUGGACUUGACUGCAGCCUCUGGAUUACCCCCUCCCAGCCCCUCCUCGCCAACACACGGGUCAGCAGCGCUCUCGCUUCGACAUACCUCCACGCCGACCUCGGAGAACAAGUGCACACACGCCAACGUGAGGCGGAGAAUGUGAACCCCAAAGGGUGGAAUCAAAUGAAGCUGAAGCGUGGAGCGAGGUGAAGCUCUGCUUCCAGAAUGUAGGACCCCCCCCCUGCUCCUCCAGCAGCUGGUGAUAAUGAAGCUUUCUUUCGUGUGUAGAAGCGAUGUGUGCUGCUUUUGAAGUGUGAAGACAAAAAGAAAACAAGGUCACAAGGGACAAAGUUGCAUAUUAAAGACAAUCUGGAGACAGAACAAGUAAAGUUGAGGAACGUCUUAAGUGAAGAGUCUGCUGUAGAUAAUGUACAUUAGUAAAUAGGUCAAUAUUUUUGUAACGACUGUAGAGACCUCAUGUUUGUUGGAUGCGAGUUUCUGCUGUAAAUAAAAUAUGAUGUAUUUGAUAACACA